CCAAGUUUUUUUUUCAAAGAUGUUCGCAGAGUGACAAGUGUGCUCCGGAAUUAUUAUUAUUAAAAAAUAACAAUAACACGGGUAUUGCUUAUAAACAAAUGCUUGACUUGUACGAAAUUCUUGGAAGGGAGUAGGAGGAAGAAUCAAGGAAAAUCGUUGACCUGAGGGAGGAUAGUAUCGUUGGUGGAAGAGUGCUUAAAGAAGACGAACUUUUCGUUUAAAAUCGUCCAAAUUUUGAGGUUAUCAAUGAGAGUACUCUGGACAUGUCGUACACUGAAUUGGAACAUGGGUAUCAGGAUCUCCGGAGUACUAGUCGUCCGAUGUUCUACGUAGGUGAUAUCGGCGCAGUACCCCAGAAUCUUGUAGGCGGGAUACCGUCUGCAAUCUACCGGUCAAGCAAACGCGGCGAGCUGUCGGACGGGUGUGUCAGCGAGGAUGGGUGCAUGGGAGGAAGCGACCUCGACGGCGAGGGCAAACAAGUCCUGGUGGGAAUAUGCGCUAUGGCCAAGAAAUCCCAGAGUAAACCGAUGAAGGAAAUUCUAACUCGUCUGGAGGAGUUUGAGUACAUAAAAAUUCUGGUAUUCAGUGAGGAGGUGAUUUUGAAAGAGCCUGUAGAGGAUUGGCCGGUUGUUGAUUGUCUGAUAAGUUUCCAUAGCAAGGGAUUUCCCCUCGACAAGGCCAUCAGUUACGCAAAUCUCAGGAAUCCAUUCAUCAUUAAUAAUUUACCGAUGCAGUACGACAUUCAGGACAGAAGAAGGGUUUAUGCCAUCCUAGAGAAUGAGGGCAUUGAAAUACCCAGAUACGCAGUGCUCGAUAGAGACUCAGCCGAUCCAAAACAAUUUAUUUCAGACCACGAAUUGGUGGAGUCCGAGGACCACGUGGAGGUCAAUGGUGUAACGUUCAAUAAACCAUUUGUUGAGAAACCGGUGUCAGCUGAGGAUCAUAAUAUUUACAUUUAUUAUCCUACGUCUGCGGGCGGUGGUAGUCAGCGUUUAUUCCGAAAAAUUGGUAGUCGAAGUAGCGUUUAUUCUCCAGAGUCUCGAGUACGAAAGACUGGCUCCUACAUCUAUGAAGAUUUCAUGCCGACCGAUGGUACGGACGUUAAGGUGUACACAGUGGGCCCCGAUUAUGCCCAUGCAGAAGCCAGAAAGAGUCCAGCUCUGGACGGAAAGGUGGAGAGAGAUUCCGAGGGAAAAGAAAUUCGAUAUCCUGUCAUCCUAAGCAAUGCCGAGAAGCUAAUAAGUAGAAAAGUCUGUCUGGCUUUCAAGCAGACCGUCUGUGGUUUUGAUCUCCUGAGGGCAAAUGGAAAGUCAUUUGUUUGUGACGUCAAUGGCUUUAGUUUUGUCAAGAAUUCCAAUAAGUAUUACGACGACUGUGCCAAAAUCCUGGGGAAUAUGAUACUCCGGGAAUUGGCACCGACUCUGCACAUUCCUUGGAGUGUUCCAUUCCAAUUGGAUGAUCCACCGAUUGUACCCACUACCUUUGGGAAAAUGAUGGAACUGAGGUGUGUGGUGGCAGUGAUUCGGCAUGGAGAUCGCACACCAAAGCAAAAAAUGAAAGUAGAGGUCCGACAUCCAAAAUUCUUCGAGAUCUUUGCUAAAUAUGACGGUUACAAACACGGCCAUGUGAAAUUGAAACGCCCUAAGCAGCUCCAGGAAAUUCUCGAUACAGCGAGGAGCCUUCUCGCAGAAAUCCAGCAUCGAGCGGCCGGGCCAGAACUCGAGGAGAAACAGGGAAAACUGGAGCAACUCAAAAGUGUCUUAGAGAUGUACGGCCAUUUCUCCGGUAUUAAUCGAAAAGUUCAGAUGAAGUACCAGCCACGAGGCAGACCCAGAGGCAGUUCGUCCGACGAUGGUAACAGCCACAAUCGCUUGGGUGAACCUUCACUGGUCCUUAUAUUGAAGUGGGGUGGAGAGCUUACGCCGGCGGGUAGGAUUCAGGCCGAGGAAUUGGGAAGAAUUUUCAGGUGCAUGUACCCCGGUGGUCAAGAGGAUGACUCAGAGAUGUUACCAAGCCACGGGGAAUACGCAGGGGCUCAGGGUUUAGGUCUAUUGAGGCUGCACUCCACCUUUAGACACGAUUUGAAGAUUUACGCGAGUGACGAAGGUAGGGUCCAGAUGACAGCAGCUGCCUUUGCCAAGGGUCUUCUGGCGCUAGAGGGGGAGUUGACACCGAUUUUGGUGCAAAUGGUCAAGUCUGCUAACACUAAUGGGCUUCUUGAUAAUGACUGUGAUAGUAGCAAGUAUCAAAAUAUGGUAAAAACCAAGCUCCACGAGCUUCUACAGCAGGAUCGAGACUUCACCCCGGAGGAUCGCGCGCAGAUAAAUCCCAGCAACGCCCUGAGCAUCAAUGACGCCCUGGACUUUGUAAAGAAUCCAGUCAAAUGCUGCCAGCACGUGCAAUCUUUGAUUCAAAAAUUAAUGGACAUUGUGCGCCUGAAAAAAGAAGAUCCAAAGACGAAAGAUGCAAUUCUCUAUCACGGCGAGACCUGGGAGUUGAUGGGACGUCGCUGGGGAAAAAUCGAGAAAGACUUCUGCACGAAGAACAAACGCUUCGAUAUCUCGAAAAUACCGGAUAUUUAUGACUGCAUAAAGUACGAUCUCCAGCACAACAAUCACACGCUGCAGUUCGAUCACGCUGAGGAGCUCUACAUUUAUGCAAAGUAUCUCGCGGACAUAGUGAUCCCACAAGAGUACGGGUUAACAGUCCAGGAGAAGCUGACAAUAGGCCAAGGCAUCUGCACACCUCUUCUGAAGAAAAUACGUGCUGAUUUGCAGAGGAAUAUCGAGGAGUCAGGGGAGGAGACUGUGAACAGACUGAACCCGAGGUACUCCCACGGUGUUUCCAGUCCUGGUAGACAUGUGAGGACUCGUUUGUACUUCACCAGUGAGAGCCACGUGCACUCUCUAUUGACCGUCCUCAGGUACGGGGGUCUCCUUGACGUCGUUAAGGAUGAACAGUGGAGACGAGCUAUGGAGUACGUGUCGAUGGUGUCGGAGCUCAACUACAUGUCCCAAAUAGUGGUCAUGCUCUACGAGGAUCCGACCAAAGAUCCCAGCAGCGAGGAGAGGUUUCACGUCGAGUUGCACUUCAGUCCCGGCGUCAAUUGCUGCGUCCAGAAGAACCUGCCCCCAGGUCCUGGCUUUCGUCCUCACUCGAGGAAUGAAAGUAGCCAUAAUCUAGAGACCAAUUCACAGUGUAGCACGAGGAUUGAGGAGGAGGAGGAGGCCUUCCUGGGUGAUCUAUCGAGCCCGAUAAGUCCUCAGGAGACGUCGGAUUCAUCUCCACCGCUUAUCGAGACGGAGAACGCUGAUUCUACUCUGGGUAGUCCAACUACGAGUCGAGCCAUCGAUAUGAUGGAUCUGGAUCCUAAUAUGAUGGAUGAGCCUUAUGAUUCUGGCUUUCUCCAAGGCUCAGCGCCCAUUCCCAUCAGUGCUAGGACUGUCGCAGGACAUGAAGCUGCCAGGCUGGGAAGCCAAUUGGCUGCCAGUCAGAGGCAGAGGCGCGAGAGAGAGGCGGCUGCCAGCAUUAGUGAGCCUAGAGCCCGGAGUUACGAUCAUCAGAGGCAGGAGAAGCCGGAGAAAGCUGCAGAAAAGCUGCAGUAUCAGAGUCUGGAUGCUGUCAACAGAGAAGACAAAUCACCUCGGUCGCGUCACAAUAGUCCGCCAACACUCUCAGAAUCCCGUAAUCUCCUCGGCAUACCAAUGGCACUCCCAUACACACUAAGCUCACCGGAGUUUCCAGCGCCUCUCUUGGACUCCCUCCAGGAGCACGGACCCCUGGUGACCCUUCACAAUACCUCCUUGGGCUCGCCCAAAACAAAAAGACCGUCGAUUCAGAUAUCUGAAGACGUUAAGCCUUUUCUUUCCGUACCCCAGCGCUACGGCCGUUCGCAGUCGACCUUGACACUUCCAGUGGUGGAAGUCCGCGGUGAGUUCGUCCCGGUACGCUCCCGAUCCCUAUCACCAAGCCCUAGAGUACAUUGCCAAUGUUAUAACUGCAAUAUCUCCGAACUAAUACUCCAAAGUCAUGACUUGAGUCCCUCUGAGCGCUCAAAUUUGCAAACUUACUUCGCCCGCUCGAUGUCACGUAAAUUUAUCAAUUGCUCGUGUUACGGUGUUUACGUUGAGGAUCCAGGUGUAGUCCGCCGCCAGGGUGAUAUUUCGAAAAUAAAGUCAAUCGAUCAGUCAAGAGAUCGUCAUUAUCUCGUCAUUAAAAAUUGUCAAUUAAAUUUUGAUAAAUACCUCCGUCAUCGAUUAAACAAGUGCCACUCGUGGCCACUCAUUGUGAGGACCGAGGCUGAUACCAGGCAUGCUAGUUUACCACCAGUAUCAUCAUCAUCAUCAUCAUCAGCAUCAUCAUCAUUAUUAUUCUCCUCUGAUUGUAGUAAUAGCGCAACGCACAGUCAUUGUGUUAAAUAUCACAGUAGUUAUGCCUGUAAGCACGAUGAGAGAUACAGAAAAACACAACUGUCGAUUACCUUAUCCAAAAUCCACGCGCAACGAUCCUUCUCAUCCCCAGACACAAGACCUACGAUCAUUCAACCUGACCCUACAUGCACAGCAAGGCGCCAUCGUCACAGUAUCUCCGGGCAGAUGAGUUAUUUCAAACUACUGGGGUACAACGUUACCAAGAAGCUAACUGGUUCGGCUAAUAGUUUAUUCAGUACUGCUGUUAUCAGUGGCUCAUCAAGUGCUCCAAAUCUUAAGGAUAUGGUGCCGCAGCAUGCCUCAGCUGUUGCAGCUAUUGAAGGGUUCGGUGGUGUCCCACCUAUACGACCUUUGGAGACAUUGCACAAUGCUCUGUCGCUUCGACAGUUGGACAGCUUCUUGGAGAUGAUGACGAGUGCACCCUUGUUCAGAACGCCAGCAUCGUCUCCACCGAAAUUUCCAUCGCCGGGGGGAUCUCAGGGGUCCCUCGUGCCACAUUUGUCUAUUGGAGUUGCCAUGGAACCGUCCAGGUACAUUUCCACGUCUGGCCUUGCGUACAAGACGGGACAGGAGGGAGAGGCUGGCGAUCAUCGAGGACAGUUGUCUCCAACGAGUCCAAACAGCACCGGCUGGAGCAGCGAACCCCAAUCAUUCCUCUCCUCAGAACCGUCAUCUCCUGCCCCGACAUCAGCAGGUGAAUGUAGUAUGUCGAUAAGUCUCAUCAGCAACGACGGAAGUCAGACAUUCGGGGGCCCCAAAUUCUGCGCAGCUCCUUGUCUGGACAUGGACUUCAACGACUUUUGCAUGGUGAUGGAUCAGGACAGUAGGGAGGGUCGAGGCAGUAUAUCCUACACAGACUAUUACAGCAGCGAAGACGGUACAAUUCGAAAGACGAUGGAGGAGCCCAAGGAGUCAUCAAUGGAAGAUGAGGAGGAACACACGCUCACCCUGAGGCAGACUAACGAGCAAAAGAAGCAAGACGUCCAGUCGAUCUUUGACCAGAAGUCCAGUGGUUUCAAAAAAAUCGGAAGGUUCCGAGUAGAGAGCAUGGAGAUCGCCGAAGAUGACGUGAGGAUUAAAUCUGAUGUCUUGAGUUCAUCCCAAUCGCUGGAGAAAUUAAAGUUUCACAGCAUUUCACCCUUGAAGAAGGAAGGGAGUGAUGAUGGAAAGAAGUCUAGGAGCCUCAGAGUCAAGAAAGGAAAGACUAUUUUGAGAUCCCAGAGUGUCUCCGGGGCACAAACGAAUGACAACGCUGAACUUACUGGCGUCUACGAGGGAUCACUCUCAACUACGAAAUUGGGGAGUUUUUCCACGAUGACUGGAGGUGAUUUGGAGCAUUGGAAGAAGUCCGCUGAGGAGAAACCUGUGAGACCGGACUCAUCCGCUGACGCCGCAGAUGAGCCAACUCUCACUCUCGCUGCGAGCCUCAGGGGUAACUCCAAUGUCACCAUUGGAUUUGAUAUUAAAAGUGAUAAAGAGUGAGAUAUUUUCAGUUGGAAGUUAAGCCAUUCCGAAUUCGUGAGCUGGUAUCGGAGAAUGACUCUGUGAGGACUUUCAUGUUUGUCAUAGUAUUUUUUAAAAAGUGCUUAGAAGCAUUCUAGAGCCUUGACGGAAAAAAAGUACCUGGUUACUGGUGCUUAGGAUCAUUCUAGAUAGGAACGAAACAUUCGUGUGACGCAAAUCAGCUGAUACUUAAUAAUUAAUGUAUUAGUAGUAUAUCUUUUUGUAAAUUAGUGAUUUUUUUUUUCAUUUCAGCGGAAGCCAUGCGAUUGUUAAUUAGAUUAUUUGUAUGAAUUAUUGUUAAGUAGAUAUACGUCCAGAUUAUAUGAUGAAUAAAUAAAUGUUGAACAUAAA